AUGGGUCCUCCGAGUCUGUCAAAGGACUUACUUAGAAUUGUGUCUGAGGUGGUGGGUACUUUAGGAUACUUGGAUCCUAAGUAUGCCAUGCACUGGGAGCUGACGGAUAAAUUCAACAUCUACUCUUUUGGUGUGGUACUAUUUAGAGUACUCUGUGCCAGAAGUGUAGUGAGACAUGAAUUGGAGACAGAUGAGGGUAAGAUAGCUCCAGAGUGUUUCAAGAUAUACAUGGACAUUGCCCAUUCUUGUGUACGAAAUAAAGUAAAGGAUCGUCCCACGAUUGCUAAAGUGGAGGUAGUACUUGAACAUGCACUGGAGCUACAAGAGAGCGCAGAUGCUAUGAGAGAGGAUGUGGAUCCUAGUGAUGGUGAUCAAUAUAAGUAUCCCAUUGUUGAAUAUACCUGCAUUGCUUCUCCACCUGAAUCUGAGGGAUCACCUGAAUCUGAGGGAUCUAUUUCAGAUUCUGAUAGCACCACAUCAGCUGAAUUGUCCUUGGUUGCCGUCAUAGAAAGCCCAAAUGCCCAAUGA